CUUACAGCAUGACGCCAUUUUGACGCAAGAAUAAAAUGUGGGGCUAAGUACCUUUAUUUGGAGUGUCUAAACGAAUAAAAAAUUCUGGAAAAGUAUGCGAAGGUUGUAAACAAGUUUCCUCCAUUGACGAAAACACGUAGUUUUCAAGGCCACCUAAAUUGAUACAUCGAUAUACUGUUGUUUACUCAGGAUUACGCCGCGUGCUGCCUCUGGUUUAUCUCGUUAGAAAUAGGUUUUAUUUUUGUGAAAUGCAUCACAUAAUUAAUAAAAAAUAGUCUAUAUCGUUGGUAAUAUUGACACUGUGUUGCCUUGUUAUUUUAGCAUCCGGUAGGCUGUAGAUAUGUGCAAAAAGUGUUAAGGAAAAAAAGUGCGCCAUAUUGCCUGUAGCAAAGUGCUGUGUUUGUCUGCAGUGUGUUGUGAAAUGUGUGUUGUUUGUACGUCUGUGAAGUACUUAAUGGUUUUAGAAGCAAUAAUAAAGUUUACAAAUUGAUGAAUCAUAAUUUGGAGAAAAUGUUUAUACCGUAUUUAUACGAUUCUUGCGUGCGACUAUUCUGGACACAUUGUUCAGUGAGAUCAAAUUAAAUUUUUUAGCAGAGCAAGCGGAAUUCAUGAAGAUUAGACGUAAGCGAAAUGUGUAGUACAAUGCCCCUGACUUUCAGCUUUUGUAAGUGCUUCGUGGAGCUGGACGUCGUUCAUAUUCCAUUGGAUGGCUAUAGAAUUAGAGACGAGCGACUUCAUAGUCGCAGGCAGGUUAACAGUAAUGCGACGUUCAGGCAGCUGUAAACAGUUUCGUGUGUUUCACACUGAAAAAGCCCAUACGAAGUCCACAUAGAAAGGAAAAUUGCUUUCUAGUGGAAAUAUGUGUUUAAAAUAAAUCAAAUAAAUGGAGACUUUUGUUAAAAGAUAUCCUUUACUUUAUAUCUGUUUACCUCCGUGAGGCCUAAUUUGUGUUCAGGGCCUAUUUAAGUACAAAUAUCCCCACCGUUCAGGUAUUAAGUGCCAAAGCCUCACAGAGACAGUGUGCUAUGAUCAAUGUGACGUUAAGGCAGUCUGUUAAUAGCAUUUGUAAGAGCAGGACGAAAACUCGUCAGAAGCAAUGGUUGGCAGCUGGUGCAUCAAGUCUACAUUCCUGGUCGUCGCAUGCUUCUGUUUCGGGUUUCUGGGUGCCCACGUGCCACACAAGCUGCAAUGUGAGUUCUACAAUCGAUCGUCCUGCAUCAGCCAGGGCUUCGGCUGCGAUGCUGUCCAGGAGUGUGCAGUGCCGGACGCUGGGAAGAACAACUACUGCUACGUCGUCUGGAGCAACAACAGCUUGGGUGAAAUUGUCGUCUCCCUCAAGGGCUGCUUCUUAAGCAAUGUACAGUGCCAGAACCGGACGGAGUGUGUGGAGCAGAACGAAAACCCGAAUCACAAUGUCUUCUUCUGCUGCUGCGAGAGAGACCUCUGCAACCACAACUUCAGCUGGCAGCCACAACCUGCUCCACCUCGGCCCACUUCUUUCCCCCCAGUCACGACUCCCAGGAACAGCAGUAUGGUGAGCACAAUAGUCUGCACCAUCGUGCCAGUGGUGCUGCUGGCAGUAGCGAUUGCAGUGCUGUACUACGUCUACCGGCAGAGAAAUCUCAGCCACUUCAAUGAGGUGCCAAUUGCAGAACCCCAUCCUCUGCCACAGCUGUCACCAAUUCUGGAUUUUCGCCCGAUUCAGUUGCUGGAGAUCAAAGCACGGGGUCGCUUUGGUGCUGUCUGGAAGGCACAGUACAAAAAUGAAACUGUUGCUGUCAAGAUCUUCCCACCUCAGGACAAGGAAUCGUGGGCAGCAGAAUACGAGGUAUACCGACUGCCGCGUAUUUCUCACGAGGCGAUUCUGCAGUUUGUCGGUGUGGAGAAACGUGGAGACAACCUGCAGGCGGAGUACUGGCUGAUCACUGCCUUCCACGAGAGGGGCUCACUGUGCGACUACCUCAAAAGCAACCUCGUCACCUGGCCGGAGCUCUGCCGCAUUGCGGAAUCCAUGGCCAGGGGCCUUAUGCACCUGCACGAAGAGAUCCCAUCCCCGAGGGGAGAUCUUCACAAGCCAGCUGUCGCCCACCGUGACUUCAAGUCGAAGAACGUUCUCCUCCGUGCUGAUCUCUCUGCGUGUGUUGCCGACUUUGGACUGGCACUGAUUUUUGUGCCCGGGAAACCCUGUGGAGACACUCACGGCCAGGUGGGAACGCGCCGCUACAUGGCGCCGGAGGUACUCGAAGGCGCCAUAAACUUCUGCCGUGACUCGUUCCUGCGCAUCGACAUGUAUGCGUGUGGCCUGGUGCUGUGGGAAUUGGCGUCGCGGUGCACUGGCCCUGACGGUCCAGUUUCAGAGUAUCUAUUACCUUUUGAAGAGGAAGUCGGACAGCACCCAACUCUCGAAGACAUGCAAGAAUGCGUCGUACAGAAGAAAGUUCGCCCUUGCUUGCGUGAGCACUGGCGCAGUCACCCGGGCAUGGCUGUGCUUUGCGACACCAUAGAGGAAUGUUGGGACCAUGAUGCAGAAGCGAGGCUUUCUGCCAGCUGUGUCGUAGAGAGGCUUUCCAUGCAGGCGAGGUCAAUGUCCUGCACAAAAGAGCACAUUUAAUAAGUGGAUAGCUUCUGUCACAAAUGCAGCCACUAUCGACAGUGUUCGAUGUUGGGGCGGUAAAUCUGCCGUCCACAUAUCUGUCUGGGAAAUGACGGACGUAUGCGGAGUGCGUAUUUUUGUCGAGCCGUGUGGGAAUUUGGAGAGCACCUCUCAUCAUCUCACACGGUGCCACAGUUUUCUUCUCAUGAGUACGCCUCACCAGCCAAACACAGUAGUUCCUCUGAAUUUUCCUCUGUAAUUUACGUAGCAAAGAUAAAGUCUGCCUUUGAAAGCUGCUCAGAUUACUGCAGAUGUUUUGACCUCAUACGGGAGUGUUUCAGUGCUCCUCCGCACUGGAGAGUACUGCUAGGGGUCCGAAGAGUUUCGUUGGGGUGUUUGCAGUGACUAUUUGUACCUCUUCUGUCAGUGACUUGCUUGCUUUGUGGCUAUGCACCUAAACAUUAAAGCAGAGGAGACAGACCUGCUCUUAUAAUUGAACUUGGCACUUUGGAAAUUUAUGCUCAGUAGUAACUGUAUGUGUAUAUAUAUAUAUGUAUGUCUUAAUUAUUGUAGCAGGCAGGCAUAUAAUUUGUCUGAAAUAUUUAUGUUGCGGGGCAAAAAAGAGAGACAUAUUUUAGAAUGGCAGACCUGUGCAGGCACAAGGCUGCCAAAGUAAAGAAUUGGCCUAAAUUGUGGUCCAUGGCUAUCACCAGUUUCUUUUUUAAUAAUUGUGCGGAUGGUAAUUCACUGGUGCUAACGACAUAGAUUUUGAAGCUAAACAUUAGUGCCCUCUUUUAACACUGACGUAAAUUGAAUUGUUAUUCUCAUUAUCUCUCAUGUAGCCACUAAAAGGACGAGAACAGUAGCUUGUGUAUAGAAAUCCAAAAGAUAUAAAUGUUUGAUAUCUAGUGAAAGACAUUUUGUAUUGUUUAGUUUACUGAAUGUGUAUUGUGUGUACAGCAUACUGGCAAUAAUUUUUAACAUGUUCAUACAUGGAUUUUUCUCAGAAGGAUAUCAAUUUUAAAAAAAAGAUCUUUAUAUGGAUGUUAUUUUUAAACACAGUUUUUGAAACAGUAACUUGCAGGAAAUUAACCUUUAGUAUUUGCUCUAAAAAAUUUUCAAAACUCAUGUUUGCCUUACAACAUAGCGACGAAAUGCUUGUCGGGAAAGGAGAUUUGCCGUGACUACCAGCCUUUGAGACAUCAGCAGUGUAUUCUUGUAAAAUAUUGUCUAUGUAAAAUUUGUAGUGUGUAGUGUAAGUGGUUCUCAAUUAACCUCUGUUAUAUUGAAUGCUUUUGCAUUAGAGUGAUUGUUAUGUGUGUCAAGAGAGAUUUGAUGGUUGCAUACUUUCAUGCAAGAGUAGGUGCCACGUGUAUCCUUAUUAGUUAAUUUUCUUGUAUCAGGUUGUCUACUAUUAUGCAAAAUAAUUUUAGUGCUUUGAGUAACAAAUAUUUGGAGUUAUUUUAUUCAUUUAUUUGUGUAAAGGAAUCAUUGUCUUUUUAAUAAAGGUUUGUCUCAGUUUUUUUUUUUUUUUAUAUCAGGCAUCUUUGAGAGACAAGGUAUCCACCAUAAGAUUGUAAUUUGUAAGUAAUCAUCAUAUUCUUUGCUGUUGCAUGUUUUCUGUCUGAGUAAGUCUUACAAGUGGCUGCAAUCACUAGCAGAUGUCUAGAUGUGGAUAUAGACUAAAAUUCUUCAUGGAAGAAUAUGUAGAAAAGAUUUGUGUCCAACUCUGAACAACAGACUAAUAAUGGGUAUUAUUUUACAGAGAAAUGCUCAGGAUUUUCUGUAGGAUGUCUGUCAGGCAUUGGUAUUACUCUCUGCUCAAAAACAAAAAAAAAAACAAAAACAACAACAACAACAAUGCUUCUAUCUUAGUGUCAUUUUUCUGUUUGUUUCUGGCUUUGGCAAUUGCUUUUCUUCUUUAAUUUCUUCCUGCUAUUCCCUUAUGCAGUGGUGGGUUGUUUGUGAUAAGUACGUCUUGCUUUACAGACAUUUUAUGUCACGUAAAAUAGUAGGACAGCAUUCACAUCUUGUAAACUAUUAUGUGCUGUAGACAAUCUGAGGGGCAGUUUAUUAUCGCGGAAGUUACUUUUCUUAGCGGAAGCUUGUAUGUGGUAACAGACUACAUCUGUGGUAACAGACAUCUUACAAAGAUGAUUAUGGAGUUCAAUGGGAGAAAAUUUCCAGAAGGCGUCAUUUCUGUUCUGCUAUGUUUCCAGGUAUAGGAAGAUCUUUAGUAUUAAAACACAGACAAAGCUACGUUGUGAAAGAAAACAAUUCAUAGUCCUUAACUUAUUCGUACAAUACAAACCUGUGUCAUCUACAAGAUAGUUUUGCAAAGGUGGUGAUUUUCCAUGAAUGAAUGUUGGUCUCUCUAACUGUGGGUAAAUGUGUGUAUUUGAAUCAUUUGAGCUGCGACAGAGACCUCAAGCCAUUAGUGAUAGAUGCUGACAGCAACAAAGAAAUUUGUAUAGUAACAUUAACCCUCAUAAUCUAACUCACUGUCAUGUAUGGCUCAUUUCAUACGAUCUACAUCUACAUCCCUACUCCGCAAGCCACCUAACGGUGUGUGGCGCUACUGCGUUCAUGACCUGAGAAUGUUGUUUGCCAAGUUCUUAAUGUAUUUAUUAGAUGAGCAUGUAGGUUCUCAGCUUUAGAAGUUCGUUCCUCAUUACCAAAUAAAUGUGAGCCACUGGACAGCUCCACAGCCUUUAGUCACCCCCAUCGCCCCCCACCCCACCCCCAUGUCCACUCCUUCCUUUGGGCUAGGACCACUGAUCACAAUAACUUACUUUGUAUCAUAGAGAAUGAGAAUGAAUGUUGUACAUGGAAGUUGCAUUCUUUCAAACACAAAUUAAUCAAGUAAUGAAGGCUGGAUUUCACAUUGAAAAAAAUUAUUGAAGAGUGAAACUUAUGUAGCUUGUACAGUUCACUCAUGUAACCCCUAAUGGACUAAGUUUCGUCAUCCAAAUACCAUUCAUGGCAUUUCAUUCUGCAUGGUGAUAAAUGUGAGCUGAUCAUGUUAGUGUAGUGCCACAUUGGAGGUCAGUGUAACAGGUGGCACAGUGCGCUUAAUCUGAGCGUAGAAUAAUUUCCUAAAAGGCAGGUCAGCCGGAGGCUCGAGCCCAUUGGUGAUAGAUGGUACCACUCCC